CAUACAAGGCCAGGUUGCCGCUGUUUUGAUUGUGUAAUUUACGGAUUGGGGCAGUAUUUCCAUUUUUAACCGCAAACAAGUGGCAGGAAACGGUGGUGUCAGGAGCCUCUGUAGGAGUUAAGCGUACUUAUUUUGCAUUCCACGAAGAUCCUUGCAUUGUAGCCGUUUUACGUAUGAUUUACAUUGUACACGAUUUGUAGCAACUUGAGGUUUAGCUCAGCCAACACCACUAGGCCUGCGCCGUAGCAAUCUCCUGCCGAGAUGCUUCCAGGAGCAGCGCGCAAUACCAACCGACCUCGGCGCCGGCGAGCACCGGAAGGUUCGCCGUUUCCGCUCCUCCCAGGUGUCCAAUAGGAUAGAGCGGGACAGCUCAGGAAAUGACGUAGCGAGCCCACUCUCCUUCCGGUUCCGGCUGUGCGGGAGCGCGCAGAGUAGACAUGAGGCUGCUUACCCACAACCUGCUGAGCUCGCACGUGCGGGGGGUGGGGCCCCGUGGCUUCCCCCUGCGUCUCCAGGCCACGGAGGUCCGCAUCAACCCUGUGGAGUUCAACCCCGACUUCAUAGCGCGUAUGAUACCCAAAGUGGAGUGGGCGGCGCUUCUGGAGGCUGCGGACACACUGCAUCUCAUCGAGGUGCCUAAAGAGCCGAUUCAGGGAUAUGAGCAUAACGAGGAAUUUCUGAGAAAGAUGCACCACGUGCUGCUGGAGGUGGAGGUCUUGGAGGGCACCCUGCAAUGCCCAGAGUCGGGACGUCUGUUCCCCAUUACCCGUGGGAUCCCCAAUAUGCUGCUGAGUGAUGAGGAAACUGAGACAUAAACUGCCAGGCGUCGGUUUUUCACUCUGGUUGUGUGAAUCUUUGUUUACACGUUAUCUUGUUUGUUAGUCCUAUCCUGUGUAUCCCUAACCCUUGACCCAGUGACACACCACACACAGUGUUUUUGAGCUCGAUAUUAUAUAUUUUUUUUUCUCAUUAAAGGUUCAAAACCAAAA